GGUUUGCGGUUUAGUAACGCCGUGGAACUACCCCCUUAUGAUGUUGUCUUGGAAGAUGGCCGCAUGCCUGGCGGCCGGCAACACCGUGGUGAUAAAGCCGGCCCAAGUUUCACCUCUAACAGCGCUUAAGUUUGCCGAGUUGUCUGCCAAAGCUGGAAUACCGCCUGGAGUGAUUAACGUUGUUCCUGGCAAAGGAUCUGAGGCUGGAAACGCGUUGGCCCACCAUCCGCUAGUGAGGAAACUGGGAUUCACAGGAAGUACCGAAGUGGGCCAGGUGAUAAUGAAAAGUUGCGCAGAGUCCAAUUUGAAGAAAGUUUCGCUGGAAUUGGGAGGCAAAUCGCCGUUGAUUAUUUGCAGCGACUGCGACCUGGAUAAGGCUGUGCGGCUGGGCAUGCAAUCAGUGUUCUUCAAUAAGGGCGAAAACUGCAUAGCUGCAGGGCGGUUGUUCGUUGAGGAUGCCGUUCAUGACGAAUUUAUCCGGCGAGUGGUGGCCGAAACAAAGAAAAUUGCUAUCGGUGAUCCGCUCAGCAAAGCCACUUCUCAUGGACCUCAGAAUCACUUGGCUCAUUUGAACAAACUGCUUGAAUACGUACAAAUUGGUAUUAGAGAGGGAGCAAAGCUGCAACAUGGGGGCCGUCGACUGAACAGAACAGGGUACUUCUUCGAACCCACCAUCCUCAGCAACGUGGAAGAUCAUAUGUAUGUGGCGAAGGAGGAAUCGUUUGGACCAAUCAUGAUCAUCAGUCGGUUCAACGAUGGAGACCUUGAUGGUGUUCUGAAGCGAGCCAACGCCACCGAAUUUGGACUGGCAUCCGGCAUUUUCACCAAAGACAUUUCCAAGGCACUCCGGUUUGCCGAAAAAAUCGAAGCAGGAACUGUGUUUAUCAACACGUACAACAAGACGGACGUUGCAGCGCCAUUUGGGGGCUUCAAACAAAGCGGUUUCGGUAAGGACUUGGGCCAAGAAGCGCUCAACGAGUAUCUGAAGACCAAAUGUGUCACCGUGGAAUACUGACGACUUGAUGGGAGUGUAGAUCUUCUAUGCAACGAAAGACAUUAGAAAUCACUGCUAACUUUUAGAGAAAGUUUGUCAUAGGUAUAUACAGUCUGCCGAAAAAAGUUGUUUUAAAGAUGGAAAGCGCACUCGAUUACACUCACUAAGUGCAAGUAAAAUCAUACACAAAAAAUAAAAGCGAAUCGGGUUGUAAUAAGCGAACAAUAUUUUAAAAUUCUUCUUGUUGAUUGUUGUCUAGUAAAUAAUAAAGCAAGAAAAAAUUA